ACACGGAGCCGGAUGGCGGCGCCGGCCGCGCUGAGGCGCCCGGCUGAGGCCAGCGUGACCUUUGAGGACGUCGCCGUGCACUUUUCCUGGGAGGAAUGGAGGCUCCUUGAUGGGGCUCAGAGACGCCUGUACCUCGACGUGAUGCUGGAGAACUUCGCUCUGACUUCCUCUCUAGGUUGCUGCUGUGGACCAGAGGAUGUAGAAGUCCCCUUGGAACAGAGUGUUCCUGUGGGAGUGUCACCAGCCAGCACCUCCAGGGCAGCUCUGUCUUCCCUGAAGACCCACUUCUGUCAGACUUGUGGUCCAGUCUUGAGAGACAUAUUGCAGUUGGCUGAGCACCAAGGAACACCACACAGCCAAAAAGUGUUCAGGUGUGGAGUGUGUAUGAAACAAUUUAAUUUUAGUGCUAACCUCCAAACACACCAGAAGCAGCACCUGGGAGAGAAACCCUUGAGAAGCAGUGUGGACAAGACCUUGUUUGUGAAGAGCUAUAAAUUCUGUGUUUCAGAGAAGCCCUUUACCUGCGAUGAAGUUGGGAAGGAUUUCCUCUCUCCCUCAGAACAUCCACGGCAGCAAACCACACAGGCCAGGGAAGAGUGCAACAAAAUCACUCAGAGUGGGACAACUGUACAAAAGGGAAAAUCUCUAUCCAACCCGGUACAAUGUAGAAAAGCCUUUAGCUCCAGAAGUUCACAUGCUCCAAAACAGGAUGUUCACACUGGAAGACAGUGUUUUCUGUGCCGUGAAUGUGGGAAAGCAUUCAGGUAUCAGUCCGCAUUAGUUGUUCACCAGAGAGUGCACACUGGUGAAAGACGUCAUGUGUGUAGCAAAUUUUGCAAGUCUUCUAGUCAAAACUCAACCCUCCGUCAGCAUCAAAGAAUUCAUUGUGGGGCAAAGCAGUACACAUGUUGCAAAUGUGGGAAGUCCUUUAACCAAAAAUUUGUCCUCUUAUAUCCCAGGAGGACUCAUAAUGGAAAAAAAAGUGACUUGUGCCAUGAAUGUGCACAACCUUGUAGCCGUAGAGCCAUCCUUAUUCAACAACAGGAAGUUCAAUCUGGAGAAAGGCGUUAUGAGUGCAUGCAAUGUGGGAAAGCCUUUAGACGAAAAUUUGGCCUUAUUGUACAUAUGAGAGUUCACAUUGGAGCAAGGCCUUAUCAAUGUAGUGAAUGUGGGAAAUGUUUUACCAAUAGCUCUGUCUUUCAUUAUCAUAAGAAAGUUCACACUGGAGAAAGGCCUUAUCAGUGCAGUGAAUGUGGGAAAUCUUUUGCAUUUGGUUCUAAUUUCAGUGCUCAUCAGAGAGUUCAUACAGGAGAAAGACCUUAUGAGUGCAGUGACUGUGGGAAAUCUUAUUUCCGAAGGCAUCACCUUCUUACACAUCAGAGAGUUCACACUGGAGAAAGGCCUUAUCAGUGUAAUGAAUGUGGGAAAUGUUUUACCACUAGCUCUGGCUUUUAUUGCCACAAGAAAGUUCACACUGGAGAGAGGCCUUAUCAGUGCCAUGAAUGUGGGAAAUCUUUUGCAUUUGGUUUCAUCCUCAGUAAUCAUCAGAGAGUACACACAGGAGAAAGACCUUAUCAGUGCAGUGAAUGUGGAAAAUCCUUUAUUCAAAGACAUCACCUUCUUCUACACCAGAGAGUCCACACAGGAGAAAAGCCUUAUCAGUGUAGUGUAUGUGGGAAAUGUUUUACCACUAGUUCUGUGUUUCAUUAUCAUAAGAGAGUUCACACUGGAGAAAGGCCUUACCAGUGCAGUGAAUGUGGAAGAUCUUUUGCAUUUGGUUCCAACCUUAGAGCCCAUCAGAGAGUACACACAGGAGAAAGGCCUUAUGAGUGCAGUGACUGUGGAAAAUCCUUUUUCCGAAGGCAUCACCUUCUUACACACCAGAGAGUUCACACAGGAGAAAGGCCUUAUCAGUGUAAUGAAUGUGGGAAAUCUUUUGUUUCUGGUUUUAGCCUUAGAAAUCAUCAGAGAGUUCACACAGGAGAAAGGCCUUAUGAGUGCAGUGUAUGUGGGCUAUCUUUUACAACUAAGAGGAAACUUCGUUAUCAUCAGGAAGUUCACAGUGGAGAAGGGCCUCAUGAGUGCCGAGAAUGUGGGAAAUCUUUUACCUCUCGAUAUGCCCUCCGUGACCAUCAAAGAAAUCAUACAAGCAAAAGGCCCUAUGAAUGUACUGAAUGUGGGAAGUCCUUUACAUCAAAUUCUAACCUCAUUGCACACUGGAGGGUUCACACUGGGGAAAAGCCUUAUCAAUGUACUGAAUGUGGGAAAUCUUUUUCCUCUGGCUCUGGCCUCCGUUAUCAUCAAAGUGUUCAUACUGGGUUAAGUCCUUAUGAGUGUAGUGAAUGUGGGAAAUCUUUUCCCAGAAGCUCAGCUCUCAUCCGACAUCAAAGAACUCACACAGGUGAAAGGCCUUACGUGUGCAGUGAAUGUGGGAAAUCUUUUAUCCAGAGAAAUCACCUUCUUGUACACCAGCGGGUUCACACAAGAUAA